UUCAACCACUUUCAAAGUGUAUAUAAACGAAUUAAUAACCCAAUAAACCUUAGUUCGUAUCCAAACACCAAAAUCAAAUCACGUUUUCCAAGAAAAUUAUUAAGAAAAUCAUGGUUUUCAAGGUUAUCAUAUUUUGUGUACUUCUUGUUGCGGUAACAGCCGAAGGAGGUGGUCGUGCUGAAUCGAAUAUAAACGGAAAUCUUCAUUCCUACGCUAACCAUAAAGCCGAUCAAGAUGAAGGAUUCGACCAAUCACACAAACCUCGUUAUGAAUUUAAUUAUGAAGUAAACGAUCGAAAAACUAAGGACCAACAUCAACAAGAAGAAAGACGCGAUGGUGACCGAGUCGAAGGACGUUAUUCUCUUCAUGAACCCGAUGGCACUGUUAGGAUUGUAACUUACACUGCAGAUCAUAAAUCUGGAUGGAACGCGCGUGUUGAAAGGAGAGGAAAAGCUGAGCAUCCAGAAGCGAACAGUCAUGGACAUGAUGAAGAUUAAGAAAAAUUUGAAAAUGUUUUGGGGGUAAAAAUUAUCUUUGUUGUUACAAAAAAAUGUUAAAAGAUAAAAAAGAAACGAACUCAACGGAUGACUUGUUAUGCUUUUGUUGUUAAUUGUAUAUAUAUUUGUUGUUUGCA